AAGACUGGUCACGUGAUGCGCAUCGCGGGGGCGCCCCUGGUGGUGGCGCGCGGGGGCGCGCCUCUGAUUGCGCCAGGGUGGACUCCGCAAGCGUGGAGGGGUAACUUUCCAAUUACCCCCCCGGUGUCACAGGUGGUUGCCAUAGCGAUGGACGGGGAGUCAGAACCCAUCCCCGCCGUGGCGGAAGAGGCAGCAGGGGAGCGGGUGGAGCCCAUGGAUGCCACUCCCUCCCCCGAGCGACCGGCCGCGGCCCCCUCGGAGGAGGCCAGAGAGGCGGUUUCCAUGGCAACAGAAGGAGGGGAAGAAGUCGCCGACGAGGCCACGAAGGAGGUCUGCGGGGAGGGCGAUGGCGAUGAUGACGUGGUUCUCCUGGGGGAGGGGGAGGAUCCCCGGCCUUCUGCCGCGACCCCCACCACAGACGCGCCCGCCACGGACCGCCUGGAGCCGGCCGAGGCCGCAGACGCUUCCACGCCGGGUUCUCCCAUCUCCUUCAGCCUGUCGUCCCCCGCGCCGCCGGCGCCGCCCACCGCAGAGGCGGAGCCCAUCGUCAUUGACGACGAGGAAGACGGCGAGCAGAGGAGCGCGCCGGCCUCCUCCUCCUCACCGCCGCCCCCCGGGGGCUCCUUCCAGUCAGGCUCGCCGGGUGCGCUCAGCAGCCCCGAGGCCGAGUCGGAGAUCAGGAUCGCCAGCGUCACCACGCUGGGGACCGGUGGUCUGGGCCGCGCCGCCGCCGGGUCCACGCCGCCACAGGCAAGGGACGUGCAGGAGGACAUGGCGCUGGUCAUCACCUCGGUGACCUCGCUGCGGGCCGGAGAGGCGGAGGGCGAGGGCCACGUGGAGGAGAACGGCCUGCAGAUCGCCAGCGCCUUCAGCCUGAACCCCGACGCCCCGUCCGGCCGACCGCCCGCCUCCUUCAACCCCGGGAGGGGCUCCGGGCCCGCGGGCCAGCUGGUGCAGAACGGAGACGCAGGGGCGCACAACAGGACAGACUCGUGGAUCUCCCAGUCGGCCUCGGUCCCCCGCAGCCACAAGCAGGCGGCGGUCGGCACUCCGCCGGCGGCCUCCUCCCUGCCCAAAGCCCCCGGCCCGUCUUCCUCGUCCACUUCCUCCUGCGCCUCGCAGCCGCAGCCCCGGACGGUCAAGGUGACCUGCGCCAACUGUAAGAAGCCCCUGAAGAAAGGCCAGACGGCCUACCAGCGCAAAGGCUCCACCCACCUCUUCUGCUCCACCACCUGCCUCUCCGCCUUCUCCCACAAGCCCGCCCCCAAGAAGAGCUGCACCAUGUGCAAAAAGGACAUCACCAACAUGAAGGGCACCAUCGUGGCCCAGGUGGACUCCAGCGAGUCCUUCCAGGAGUUCUGCAGCACGGGCUGCCUCGGCGCCUACGAGAGCAAGCAGAACCCCCCCAAAUCCAUCAUCAAGACCAAAUGCACCGUCUGCGGGAAACUCACUGAGAUCCGGCACGAGGUCAGCUUUAAGACCGUGACCCACAAGAUCUGCAGCGACGCGUGCUUCAACGUGUACCGCCGGGCCAACGGGCUCAUCAUGAACUGCUGCGAGCAGUGCGGCGACUACCUGCCCAGCCGCGCCUCCGCCAACCACUUCCUGCUGGUGGACGGCCAGCAGAAGCGCUUCUGCUGCCAGAACUGCAUCCAGGACUUCAAGCAGGCUCACAGUAAACUGGCCACGUGCCUCACUUGCAAAACGCUGAUCAAGACCGGCGAGGUUCUGCACAGCCUCGGGGCGGGCGGCACCAUGGGCUCCUUCUGCUCCGUCAGCUGCAUGAACAAGGGCAAGCUGGCCUCCACCUCCUUCAUCAACACGGAGCCGUCCUGUCACUUCUGUAAGAGGAACUCGUUGCCGCAGUACCAGGCCACGCUGCCAGAGGGGAACAUCCUCAACUUCUGCAGCUCGCCGUGUGUCACCAAGUUCCAGAACGCAGCUCUCCUGACGACCACCAACGGGGAGACGGCGCUCUCCACCACGCACAACGCAGCCGGCGUCUCGCUGAAGUGCAACUACUGCCGAGGAGCCUUCAGCCUGAAGCCAGAGACGCUGGAGUGGCAGGACAAGGUGCACCAGUUCUGCAGCAAGACGUGCUGCGAGGACUACAAGAAGCUGCACUGCAUCGUCACCUCCUGCGAGUACUGCCAGGAGGAGAAGACGCUGCACGAGAUGGUGAAGUUCUCCGGAGUCAAGAGGCCUUUCUGCAGCGAAGGCUGCAAGCUGCUCUUCAAGCAGGACUUCAUAAAGCGCCUGGGUCUGAAGUGCGUCAGCUGCAACCACUGCAGCCAGCUGUGCAAGAGGGGCGUGACCCGGCAGCUGGGCGGCAUGACGCGGGACUUCUGCGGCGAGGCCUGCGCCAAGAAGUUCAACGACUGGUACUUCAAGGCGGCGCGCUGCGACUGCUGCAAGGUGCAGGGGAGCCUGACGGAGUCGGUGAUGUGGAGGUCCGAGAUGAAGCACUUCUGCGACCAGGAGUGUUUGCUGAAGUUCUACUGCCAGCAGAACGAGCCCAUCAUGGUCACGCAGAGGGGCCCCGAGAACUCCACCCUGGGUUAUGAAAUGCAAACCAAACUGGGGCUGGUGAGCCAGGGCACGGCAGCAUACGGCGGUCCGAUGAGGGACGUGAAGAACAAGGCGGUCCUCUGCAAGCCGCUCACGCUGACCAAGGCCACGUACUGCAAACCCCACAUGCAGAGCAAGCUUCUGCAGACCGACGUGGACGACGGCGUGAAGAGGGAGUACAUUCCUGUCCCCAUCCCCGUGCCCGUCUUCAUCCCCGUGCCCAUGAACAUGUACUCGCAGCUCGCUCCCGCCGCGCUCUCGCUGCCCGUUCCGGUGCCCGUGCCGGUGUUCCUGCCCACCACCCUGCAGGGGGCGGAGCAGAUCGUGCAGGCCAUCAAGGAGCUGAAGAACGAGGUGUCCUCCGACCUGCUCCCCACGGCUGAGGCGACCGCGGAGGACCAGAAGCCAGACGUGAAGGUGGCGAAGGCGACGCACAGGGUGGAGGAGGCCUCCAGCAGCUGCUCCGAGGAAGAAGAAGAGAAGGAGGAGAAGCAGGCAGAGGUGGAAAACGAGAAGCAGGCUGAGCCCGAGGAGGAGGAGGUAGACAAGAAGGAAGGGAAGUUGGAGAAAGAGGUGGAGGAGGAGGUUGAGAAGACGGAGAAGGACGAGGACGACUAUGACGACCUGUAUGAGCCAGACCUGGACCUGGAGGCAGACUUCCCUCAAGACCCAGUCCCGGUCCUUGAGGGAGUGGACGAGGACGUCUCUCUUCCUGCCGUCCCGGCUGAGGAGGAGGAGGAGGAGGAGAAGAAGAAGGAGGAGGAGGCGGCAGCGACUCCACCUCACCCGGAGAGACGAGGGAACAAGCGGCGGGCGCUGGAGGAGGACUCGGAUAGAGCGGCGUCCCGUCCCAACGAGAGACGCUCGCUACCUCUCAAAGCUCGCUAUGGUGUCAACGCCUGGAAGCGCUGGGCGCUGUCCCCCCCCGACCCGUCGGGGGACUCCGGCGCAAAGGACGGCUCCAGACCCGCCCGAGCGAGGAGCAACCUGCUGCUGCUGAGCUCGGAGGAGCUGAACGCCGCUCUGUCGCGGUUCGUUGGGGAGGUGUGCCGACCCAGCGGGGAGCGCUACUCUGCAGACAGCAUCCUCUACCUCUGUCUGGGCAUCCAGCAGCACCUUCACGCCAAAGGCCGGACGGACGACCUGUUCGGCGACCCGAGCUACUGGCGGUUUGGAGAAGAGCUCAACAAGGUUCUGAAGGACUGGCAGCCCAGCGUGCUCCCUGACGGCUCCCUGUGGGGCCGCGUGGAGGAGCGCUGCCUGUGGAGCAGCGGGCAGCUCGGGGAGCAGAGUCCGGCCGCUCUGCUGCGCUCGCUGGUCUACCUGAACACCAAACACCUGGGCCUGCGCACCGUGGAGCAGCACCUCCGCCUCUCCUUCGCCAACGUGUACGGCCCCGUCGCCGUGGAGACGGCCGCCUGCGCCCGCCCGCCCUCCAUCUCUCAGGAUCACCACGUGCAAGCGGAGUCGAGGAAGAGGAAGCGCACGUUGCAGGACGGCGAUCAGGACGACGACUCGGGAGGCUCGGCGGUCCGCCGCCCGGUGAAGAAGCACGAGGGUCGCCUGUACGACCUCUACAGGGCCAAGUGCCCGGCGUCGCUGCGCGAGCGUCUGGACAUCUUCUACGUUCAGCCGGAUCCGGACCGCGGCCCCGACGACCCGCUGUGGUUCAGCUCCACGCCGCUGGAGCGGCGGAUCCUGGAGAGCGUCCUCGCCAGAGUCCUCCUGGUCAGAGACGUUUACACGGACAGACGGCGCCCGGGGGAGGACGCGGACGGGGGGGGAGGAGUAGCGGCCACCGCUAGCAAGCCCUGAACGGUUUGACCCUCCUCCUCCUCGAUCCAGGGUCUCCUCCUGGUGAGGAGCGUCCAAAGCGAGGACGACAGUGGGGACAAAGAGCAGCCCGAACUUUUAUAUCCCAGGUCCUCUUUUUUUUUAACGAGACGAGGUGAAGUCCUCAAACCUGUAACUCAAAAUCACGCUUUAAAAACGGUUCUCGGGGGCAACGGGCUCCUCCUCUCCGGAUGGGGGGGCAGUGAAAUGUCGGCGGAUCGUUUUCUGGUUCGGAUCCAGCAGCAGUUUCACACUUCAGAUUCCUCCCAUAAAUACAAACACUAAAUAUGAACGUGUCUUUGGACGCUCCGCCUCCUCGCCGUCAGGCCGCUAAGCUCCUCCCACCGCGGGGCUGAACCCCCGCCGACGCGCUGCGUCUCCUUUCAGGACCUCAUGCCAUGUAGCGUUGUGGAGUGUAAAUACCCCCCGAGUCAAAAGCACCACCACCCCCCUUUUUAAGAAGUAUAAAAACUUGAUAUUUAUUUCCGUUACGUCGGAUCUUCGUGGGCGUCACGCUGCUGCAGCCUCGUUGCUUUCUGUGUGUGCGUCUCCUUUAGUUUAAAACCAGAGCACCUCCUCUUCCUCUUCCUCCUUCCCAGCUGGUUUCACUGCAAACAGCUUAUAUCGAUGGUUUGGACAAUAUAUUUCCCUCUUUUACACUAUUCAUUGUUCAUUAAAGAUUUUAUUUAUGUGCUUAAAAGUCCCCUUUUCUGCAUUUUAAUGUUUUGUUUGAAUUUCCAAAUGUCUCAAUAAAUGUGGAGAUUUUGUCAUGAACUUUAGUAUCGAUUGAAGGAUUGUUUGUUUCUUUGGAUGACUUUUGUUUAAAUAGGGAGACGCUUUAAAGCUCCAACGUCCGCCUCAAGUAACUUCAUUACAUGAAUUUCUCCCACCUGAAGGAUCGACGGUUCUCGUGAACUCUGAGGACGUUGACGUUGUGGCAGCGUAUCGGCCCCCAGAGAUUUUUCUUUUUUUCUUUGUCUUUGUCGAGGAGCUCGGUGAGCGUGGAGGACGUUUCGUUUGUUUAGUGUGCUGGACUCCAGCGGCGGUGAGCAGACCUGCUGAUGCCUAACGUGAAUGUGCCUAUCUGUAAAUACUGAGAACUGCUGCGGCCGCGUGAAAUAAAUGACUUCCUUUUCUAA